UGGGUAAUAGAAAGCAAAUAAAUUGUACUUUUUCAUGAUCUUUAUAACCUUCAUAUUUCAAAGGCAAAUCCAAAAAUAUGACUAAUCAGCAAACUUAAAAUAGCUCACGCUUACUCGGAAGAGUUGACUACAAUUAUGAAACGUUGAAAGUACAACUAAUAGCCUGGCAAGCAUAAGAAACUGUCGCUCACAAAUAGCUUUCUUCUUUCCUUACGAUUGUGCUAAAUUGUGGGUGAUCGUAGUUCAAGUGGCGGUGGUCGUAGUUCACUGAUUUAUCGAAUUUAAAUCAGCUGUUAUUCUAUUUUGAGUCGCCUCGAAUGUGGUUUUUAUUUGUAUACUUUAUCUUCAUCGGAAUUUGUGUGUACAUUUUUGAGAAAUAUGCUGUUGUUGUUUGUUUAUAAACUCGAGGUGAAUCACUGCUUGCUUUCUUAAACUAUCGUACAUAUUAAGACUUAAAACCUACGGGCUAUUCGCCCCACAGCGGAUGAGCUUUAGCAAGCUAUCUAAUUCGCUGGUGUCGUUCGCAUGGAGUGCACGGAACUGAGGGUGUAACAUCGAAAGAACCCUGAAGCAGCCUGUAAGCAUCGCAAACUGAAAACUUCUUGAACGCUUCAGGAUCCUGCGGAUUAAUGAAACACAAUUAAAAGGUGAGCUAGGCUUUGGAUGGGGCAUACACAGUGUGUUUCGCAGACAAGGGAAAGUGAUACACGAACUCGAAGUGCUGAGGGUCGGGUAGAGACCCCGGACACACGCGCAGUGCACAAGCCCGCCGGUGUUCCCGUUAACACGGGACGGAUGAUUCUUCCAAACCUCAUACCCGAGAAAUCCCUCAUCCCAAUCCGGCUCAAAGACCCCGGACUGGAACCACGGCAGAGAGAAUCCACUAAGGAUGCGUUUCGAGGGGAGGGUGCGAUGGCCCAGCUUGCCGAGUCUGGCUGGUACUGGGGUUGCAUCACUGCCGCAGAGGCCAAGCAGCUGCUGACAGAGGUCAUGGAGGGGACCUUCCUCCUGCGGGACAGCUCCAAUCCCGGGUACCGGCUCACCCUGUCGGUGAAGACCAGCCUGGGGCCCACCCACCUGCGCAUCGCCCACUCGGACGGGGUGUUUGGCUUCGACUCGGUGGUGAUGGCCCGGCCAAGGCUGCGGCAGUUCAAGGGGGUGGUGGAGCUGGUGCAGCACUACGCCAUGGCCCACCGCCGCCCCGCCGGUCCCCAGGAGCAGGCCCGAGCCCCGGAGGAGGAGGAGGCGGGGGGCGAGGAGGCCCCGGAGGCACCGACGGCCCCAGAGAGCACGCUCCAGCUCAGGCUGACCCGGCCCCUGUACAAGUCGGCCCCCAGCCUCCAGCACCUGUGCCGCAUCGCCAUCAACCGGCACUCUCGCUGCCAUGUGGACCUGCCCCUGCCGGACAGGCUGAAGGGCUACCUGCUGGAGUACCCCUUUCUGCUGUAGCGCCCCGUCACUUUGCGUCGCUCUCACACUCGCACGUUUGACUGAGCUGAUGACGGCUUGAGGAGAGACACAGGUUGGCUAUUCCCUUAUUUUUUCAACCAAUGCUGUGACCUCUCUGAUCUACAGCAAGACAUUUUUAAAGGAUUUCAUAUCCUUAAUUGUAAGGAUUUUCUUGUAAUGUUCAGGGCCAAAAUAUGUUUUGUUUUUUUCGUUGUAUUUUUUUAAUCCCCGCAGGGGAAAUAAAUAUAUCAAGGGAGUUCUUGAACAACUGCUAUUGUUUGAAAAUGUUGACACCUUUUUGGAACGGAAGUGCUUUUUUAACCCACUGUCCUGUUUUUUAAGAAGUAGGGGUAAAAAUGUGCUCUCUACUAUUAGAGUUUUGUGAGGAAAAAGAAUGUCAGGUUGAUGGAUUUGUAUUUGAAAUGGUUUAUAUAACCAUUUGCAAAUACAGUAUGUAUGGCCAAAUAAACAAGUUUUGUGUAAGUAUCACAAGGCAAGAACUAUUUAAUGAAUAAUGUAGCAAUAGUAAAUGCUAUAAACAAAUUGUUUACUGUUUCAAAUCUAGUAUAAUAUGGUAGAGCAGAUACACAUACUGGUACGUACUUGAAAUUUGAGUACCUCUAAGAGUGGAGUAUGUAUGCAGACACUUAUUUUGCAAGGCAUUCAGUUCUUGAAAUGAUUAAAAUAUAUUAUGUUCUCAUUACAAACGAAACUUGCAGUUAGUGGCAUUUAUGUUAAUAGCAUUUGCAUUUUUUUAGAAAUACUGUAAUUUUUACAGGUAUAUUCAAGUAUCCAAUAUUUAAAAACUAAAAAAAAAAAUCAUUAUUCAGCUAUGAACUCCAUUUCCCUCUGGUUCUACAACUGAUUUGAACUCAUUGCACAUCCUGUGGCCGUCAGGCAGUCUAGCUCUGGAACUGAUGAGCCCUAAAGUUUUAAAAACGUCUUUGGUUGUCUGAGCCACUUUAUCUGAUAUUAUGCCCAGUAGCCAGUUAACUGAAAUGAAUGGCCAAGAGGAGGCACGUUCACACAGUCAAUAAAGGAAUCUCUCAGAGGGACCUCUCCAUAUAAGGUGAGGAACUGUAGGGGACUGGGCUAGCUGUCGUGGUCGUGCCUUUAUGUCCUCUGUGGAGCGAGCCUGUGACCCUGCUCGCCUGUGUGCCAGUGGUGCUGAGGAGAUUGCCUUACGGCGGUGAUCAACCCGAUACCCUUCCAUCUUUCCCCUCAUACCCUGAAAGGCAUAUGCAGAGGUUUAUGGUUCUAGUUAAACUAAAUCUUCUGUCAGAAAACAACUACGUGAUUUGUUUACCUCCAAGGAUAUGAUUAGGCCGGCAGAGCGGCUCAGUGUGUUCUGGGAGUGUCAGAACUGGGAGUGUCAUUGUACACAGCUAGGAAUGCAAUGACAAGAAGUUCUCAGCAGGCAUCCAGUAUCAAUGGGCUUUGUCUGUCAGCCUGCGGUCACUAUGUCGAAAGUUAUUCUACGCUGGCUUAAGGUGUAGUUACGAAGCCUUCGUUUUAAAGUGGGGUAAAAUGUCUGGUGUUAAUUCACCACUAACAGCAUGACAUAUGGUCCUCCCCUGGACCAGAGCAUGACCAUGCGUACUCUGAACAUUUUACUCUAUGCAAGCCGGCUGUUUCCUCUUUUUCAACAGCACCGUUCAAAAUCAAACUUUUGGUUAGUAUAGGUUCACAAUCUCUUAUUUGCCUUUUGGGCUGGUAAGAAAAAGCAAAGAUACUUUCUGGAGUGUGUACUACCUUCCAGACCAGGAAGGGGUUAACUGAAAUGAAUUCAGCCUGUUCUUCUAUGACGAUUGUGUGCAGUUUUCAGUUCAAUAGAGCCUGGAAUUUUGUGAAAACAUGUUCAGGCAGGACACAAUCUCCAAAAUGGGUGUGCUGACUAAACGUACAGUUCGUGGAAAUUGUUAACACGAGCUUUCGAAGAAGACCGUGAAAUAUCUUCCUGAAUCAGCUGUUCACUUGCGCUGUUAAAGCUGAAGUGCUUGAACAUAGGAAAUGUGGCUGAUUGCUGUGGUGAAAUGCCUGUAGCUCAUUUUUCUGCCUAAAAUAAAUGGUACCAAAAACAUA